UCUAUCUACGAUAUAUAUAUUAUACGUACUUUUAAAACAGUACUUAUCAAACCAAUUAUAAAGGCUAAAAUAAUAUAAUCAGAAACAUUUGUUGUGUAAGAGUGUCGUAUAAUAGUCGCUGAUAUAAUUAUUGUAUUAUAAUAAAUUUAAUUAAACUACGUUUAAAUGGAGCGCUACAAAUGUGAACCUUCGACGAUCGAGUUCGACCCUAUGUGUGACAAAGAAAAUCCUCAGAGGAUUUCUUUUGAAGAUGUCUCGGCGGCUGCUUUCAGAAUACAGAGUGAAAUUGUUAAAACACCGUGUGUGAAAUCGCACAUGUCUACUGUGUUCGGCAUGGAAAUUUACUUAAAAAAUGAUUUCCUUCAACACACAGGGAGUUUUAAAGAGCGCGGCGCCCGCAACGCAUUACUCCUACUGCCAGUAGAAGCAAAGACACGUGGUGUCAUAUCAGCCUCGCUUGGUAAUCACUCGCAGGCCCUCAGUUACCAUGCCAAUAAGCUGAACAUACCGACUACCGUGGUGAUGCCAAACGUAGCCCCCAUCAUGAAGAUACAGAAGUGUCAGUCGUACGGAGCCAAUGUCAUCGUGUACGGGCAUGAUAUGAAAGAGGCCAAGUACCACGCCAUGAUGCUCGCUAAAGAGAAAAACCUUACUUAUAUCAAUGGGUAUGAUCAUCCACAUAUAAUGGCAGGUCAGGGUACGGUCGGACUUGAGAUCUUGGAGCAAGUUCCUGACGUGGACGCGGUAUUGGUACCUGUAGGGGGCGGCGGAUUGCUGGCAGGAGUCGCCACGGCAAUAAAGCAUCUCAAGCCCCACGUUCUUAUUUAUGGAGUGGAGACAGAGAAGUGUCCAAGCAUGAAACACGCAAUGGAAGAAGAUGAGCCCGUCAGCGUAGACAUUAGAUCAACGUUGGCGGAUGGUCUCGCUGUGCCAACUGUGGGCUACAACGCGUUUGUUACAGUUAAACCAAUCGUCGAUAAAUUGAUUACAGUGAAUGAAGACUGGAUUGCUCGCGCUAUCUUAAGACUGGUGGAGCAAGAGAAAUACGUCGUGGAGGGCGGCGGAGCGGUCGGCGUGGCUGCGAUCGUCGCGGGCCUGGUGCCUGAACUCGCUGGAAAAAAAGUGGUGUGCAUCCUUUCUGGUGGAAACAUCGACACCACGAUCCUGGGCAGGUGUCUGGAGCGGGGCCUGGCGGCGGAGCAGCGGCUGGUGAAGUUCAAGGUGACGGUGAGCGACCGGCCGGGCGGCAUCGCCGAGCUGUGCAAGCUCAUCGCUUCACUCGGAGUCUCUAUAAAGGACAUUAUACAAGAACGGGCCUGGGUGCAUGGCGAUAUAUUCAGUGUUCGGGUGAAAGUAGUGUGCGAGACUCGCGGGCCAGAGCACAUGAACGAGCUGCGUGUGAUGAUCGCGCAGGCGUACAGGGAGUGGGACUUCGCGGGCGAGCACGUGGGCCGCCGCGGCAGCACCGACUCGCUUGACGACGUCUCGCAUUAACCACGCACUGCACACGAACUUUAAAACGCAUUUUAGUUUAUAAGAAUACUUUAAAAUCUGUGAUAACAAUAUAACUAUAUUUUUGUAUGUAAUGUGUUUUAUGCUUUAAAUAGGGACUUUUGACACAUUUUUGUUUAUUCAUCUUCAUACUAGUAUUGGUAUUCUGACCAUGUACCCUUCCAUUUUGUAGUACCCCUAGCACGAACAUUUUCAGCCAUUAUAUCUUUUUCGUUCUGUAAUAUAUUUGAGAUGUAUGGGUCGAACCAUGGUAGCUCGGUAUCAAAGAUGACAUUCGCAGAAAAGUACGUGAUAGCCCGCCGUGGCGAAACACCACGGCAGUCUUAACUCUUCAGCUAUCCCAAAAUGGGAACUAAGGCUCGACCGAAAUCUCGCUCUCGGUCUCGGCAUUCUCGGCUAUAAAUCCAGCCGAGAAUUUUGUCUCGGUUCUCGGCUAAAAACCGCCGAGAUUCUCAGCAAUUACCGAGAAACUUUGUACGGAACAGAAUGAGAUUCAAAUCAGCGUGCGGCCAUAUUCGUAGCUC